AUGGUUUGCGACACACCUCUGGUGUUGGGAUUGCGAAGAGUCCGACUGACCGGAUGUGAUGUCCGAGCAAUGGUGGCGAGAGUGGGACCGGAGGUGUUGGGAGUCCAGACAGUCCGACGGGUCAGUUGGCCACUGAUCCGGGUGUUGGGAGUCUGGGCAGUCCGGCCGGUCUGGGAGUGGUGUCGAGUGGCGCGCCCUAUAGGGUCGGGGGUGUUGGGAGAGCGCAGACAGUCCGACAGAUCACUGGCCAGUGGUCUGGGGUGCUGGGAGUCUGUGGCAGUCCGACUGACCCGGGGGUGGAGGCGCCGGUACACAACACUCAUGCGUGACGUCAGAGCACCGUUCUACCACAUACUGAUGCGGAAGUUUGAUCGCGACUCCAAGGGUGCCAUCAAUUUCGACGACUUCAUCCAACUGUGCGUUCAGUUGCAGUCUCUGACCACCAGUUUCCGAGUGCACGACCAGGACAUGGAUGGCUGGAUCAACAUCUCCUACGAGCAGUUUCUCACACUUGUGUUCAACAUUUAAUGCAAUUUGUUGUGAAUUGUGUGAAGAAUCUGUUCACUGAAUUGCAUGAAAAAACGAUUUAAUAAUUGAUUAAUAACUUAUUGAAUCAUAUUAUGGCCUUAAAAUUCACUGUCAAUGCACUAACACUUAUGAUUUUAUAUAUUUUAAUGACUUACACAAAAUUCUUGAUAACUUUUUGCAGUUCAUUUAAUUCAACGUAACUUUUCAAUGGAU